GUUCACGAUGGCUCAUGCCGGAAAAUUGGGUAAUGGUGAAGCAAGAGUAGAAAGCAACGUUCCCAACACGAAACCCCCCAUUAUUGAGCUCAAGAAUGGCAAGCUGAUCUUAAGGCAGAAAAUUUUCUCUUUAGAGAAGUUGUCAGAGACUAUGCAGGAGAUUGUCAACUUCAGGCAAAUGAUAGAAGAACGAAUACAACACAAAGAAACACCAUUGGACAUUAUACCGGACGAACACCAUCCGCUCAUUGCAAAGCUAGUCCAUGAAAGUGACAAGACGCUUCCAGCAUUGUCGAGACACGUCCAGAGCCAGCUUUUGCCAGUCAGCGACGAUGAAGAUGAAGCCGAUGACGCAUUGGCGAUACUAUCUCUCAGUGCGGUAGAGAGUGCGAUCAGGCAUGUGGCGAGCAGGAACGACUAUGGUCUCGAUGCUAUGCCUGGAUUGGGGAAGAGACCAGCCGCGUUCCACGUCUGGAAGUGGGAGAUCAAGGAUGAAUACAAGGAUUGGGUUCCCAAACAAGUGAGAGAGAAGGCGGAAGCUAGACAUGCGGAGCGAUUGCAGGCCAAGCGGGAGUUCAAUGCGCACUUUGCUUCGCUUUCGGAUGAAGAACGCAAUGCGAUAUUAAGCGGCAAAGGAGGGGUUAAAGCACCUUUGACGGCAAAGUCUAACGAGAAUUCCGCUGACCAGUCCCUGGUGAUCGACGUUACUGACACCGAUGUGAAGUCCAUUCCGCUCUCUGAGAAGUCGAUGGCGUCGACAGAGGAGGACGCCACAGUUGAUAAACCUGAGAAUGGGAAAAAGGGAUCAGGCCGUCCCAAGAAACUAACCGAUCCUGAGAGGGCAGCCAAGGAAAAAGAACGACAAGAGAAGAAGGCUGCGAGAGAGGAGAAAGAGAAAAGAGCAAAGGAAGCGCAAGACAAGUCGCGCUGGAUUAUGGCUAGCUUCUUCGGCAAGGCCAAACCCCCCUCCAUCAAGCGCUCAUUUACGAUGACGAAGGACGCCAGUCCUGAUGUGUCCCGGCCAUCAGCUAUAUCUGACUUUGAGAAGACCUUCAAGUCCUUUGUGUUGAAGAAAGAUGUAGAACUUGCUCCCAUCAACUGGUUUACAGCGAAAGGGACAGCUAGUAAAGGGAAGCAGAGAAUGGAAGGCAAUGUAAUUGUGCUCGACGAAUUUGAAGAGCCUGCAAACGCGGAGAUGACGAAUGUGCAGAGCAGCAUUGACGUUAGACGAUCAUCUGCAAAAGAAAGAUCGCUGGAUUUCUUGUCACAUCUGCCUCCUUCGCUCAACUCUAACGGCCGACGACGAAUUCGUCCAUCACAUAUGAAAACUUAUGUCUGCCAAUCUAUUCGAGACAUCCUGUCCCAGCUGAAUGAGGCCGAGGUCACGGGGGACGAUGUCCAAGUCAGAAAGCUGCUGUUUUCAUUACGCAACCGUACAGUAAUUCCAGCGAAAGUCCUCAUUUUCGCCGAAGACGCACGGCCAGGUUACUUCGGCACCUGGACGCGCAGCUCCCGGGAAAUUGGUCCGCGCACCCCUUUUGCACGCGAUGUCAUCUCAAUAGACUACGCGUAUGACAGUGGAGAGGAAUGGGAGGAAGAGAGCGGAGAUGCCGAUGACGUGGUCGAAGACGCUGAAGAAGAAGAGGUUGCUGACGAGGAGGACUCCGACUUGGACGAUUGGCUCGUUGACGACGGCGAAGUGGAGGAUCCUGGCACUCCGAUUGAUGAACGUGAAGCAUCUCCCGACUUCUUCCCGAUAGAGACAGACCUGCCAAAGCGAAAAGCAGGAGGAGAGAGCUCCAGACAAAGCAAGAAGCGCAAGGUGGUCGUUCCGCUUGUACCGUUCACAAAGGGGCCAUACUGGGAAGAGGCUAUUGGCCAUUGCAGCUACGAACCUUUCCAGAUAUAUCGGAUUCAACUGUUCAACGACACACCAUUAUCGAUCGAUCCGUUCACGUUCGUCUCAGCGUCAAUGGAUGAACCACUAGCUACGGGGAAAUCAAACCGAGCUGCCACUGAGUCUCACUUUGCCGUUCCUGCACUUCCUUCCCACGUCAGCGGCACAGACUCCUCGGUAACUUCUAGCGCAGGAGUGUCUAUGGUAACGAAACGUGCUGCCAUAGCACCCAGGACAAGCUUUCCGGAAGCUCACUUGCCUUUGCUGCUCACACGCAUCAGCACGCUAUCGACCAGCAGUUUAGCUUACAUUGUAGAAACAGUGCAUCAAGAGCUUCGGGAACAACGCGUAAAGAAGAACGCGAUAGAGGCCAAGGUGCGUGAGGUUGGCGAGAAGUGCAAGACACAGAAAAUUUGGGUUGUCAAGCCCGAUGUUAAGGCGCGUUUCACUUUCACUCAGCAAUACCCGGAGCCAUAUUGCUCAUUUGGAUCAUAG